CAAACAGCGUUAGGUCAUUGGCGCAGCUUUGUAGUUGGUUAGCCAAACAUGCACAGUAAAAGAGAUGAUCAGGGAAACGAGUCGAAGAAAACCAUCAUAGUUAAUGUCAAACAGGAAGUAUAAGAACACACACAGUCAGUUAAGGUUUCCCAGUGUACAGCAUUUCUGGAGCCGUGAACCAAAACCUUAUGUGGUGCUAUAGACCAAGUAGCGGUGCUGGUACCGGUACUGAAGUCCUUCUCGGUUCCUGAAACGUAUGGCAGGAAGUUAGAUAGCAGCUCUAGGUCUUGUCCUAGCUGAAGGUCGGAGGUGAAACCUCUGAACUCCUUUACCGAGUGUUGACAUGCUGGACCAACUUGUCUAAGCCUUAGACAAGGGCACCCUUCUCGUUUUAUAGAGCAUGCCAGCAUUUGGCUAGCUUCAUAUCCUUGCACAUCAGUCCUUCAACUUCCUUUAACAUCUCUGGCCCCUGCAAGGGGGACAGAAAGUCACUCCUAAUUGUGCCUCUUCACUCUGUAUUCUUCAAAUUUGAUGCACUUUCAGUCAAAUACGCUUUUUAUCCCGUUCUUUAACUCCAAUCCAUUUCUUUUUUCUUUGAUUUUAGUCAUCUUGAAUCCAUACCAUUGUCGCACAAGAUUCCACAUUUUAAUUCAAUUCACCCUUUAAAGCCAAAGUGUGUGCCUCUGAGUUGGAUCACUGAAAGACCUGGAAAUCAAGCCGUGAGGCAGUAGUUUUGGUGCUUGUUUUGGUGCAUGGAAUCAGCCUAAUCGUGGAGAGGCCAGGCUACCACAAACUGAUGGACUUUGACAAGCGUGGAGUAGGUGGAGGAGGAGGUGGUGGAGGCGGAGGAGGUGGAGGGAAGGGGGAGGCUGAGGAUGGGAAGAGGAUGUCUGGGAAGGCUGGGGGAAGAUCGGGACACAGCGGCCGAGUUGCUGGCUCCGGCUCAGGAGUUCUGAUGGUUGGGCCAAAUUUCCGGGUCGGAAAGAAGAUCGGGUGUGGGAACUUUGGAGAACUACGACUUGGAAAGAACUUGUACACCAAUGAAUAUGUGGCCAUCAAACUGGAACCCAUCAAGUCCCGAGCACCACAAUUGCAUCUAGAAUAUCGCUUCUACAAACAACUGGGAAGUUCAGAGGGUGUACCUCAGGUGUUUUACUUUGGACCAUGUGGGAAAUAUAAUGCCAUGGUUCUGGAGCUGCUUGGACCCAGCCUAGAAGACCUGUUUGACCUCUGCGACAGGACUUUCUCUCUAAAAACUGUACUCAUGAUAGCCAUACAGCUGAUAACCCGAAUGGAGUUUGUGCACACCAGAAGCCUCAUCUAUCGAGACGUGAAGCCUGAGAACUUCCUGGUGGGCCGACCCGGCUCCAAACGGCAACACACCAUUCACAUCAUAGACUUUGGCCUCGCAAAAGAAUACAUAGACCCUGAGACAAAGAAACAUAUCCCAUACAGAGAACACAAGAGUUUGACUGGAACUGCCAGAUACAUGAGCAUCAAUACACAUUUGGGGAAAGAGCAAAGCAGAAGGGAUGACCUGGAAGCUUUAGGCCACAUGUUCAUGUACUUUCUGCGGGGCAGCCUGCCAUGGCAAGGACUAAAGGCCGACACUCUGAAGGAACGCUAUCAGAAAAUAGGAGACACAAAGCGAGACACACCGAUAGAGGUGCUGUGUGAGAAUUUCCCAGAAGAGAUGGCCACAUACCUGCGAUAUGUGCGGCGGCUGGACUUUUUCGAGAAGCCAGACUACGACUAUCUGAGGAAACUCUUCACAGACCUCUUCGACAGGAACGGAUACAUCUUCGAUUAUCAGUAUGACUGGACCGGAAAGCCACUGCCGACUCCUAUUGGUCCUGUGGCAACUGAAACUCCACUUCAGACAAGCAACCGGGAGAAAGCACCUCAAACCAAAAACCAGUCUCCAGAGGGGAAAGGCAGUGAGUCUCAACCCACUCCAGUCACCAACCAAGAGCUGCUGGGCUCCCACCUCACUGCUGAUAGGCUGGGCGGGUCUGUCCAGGUGAUGAACUCGACCAAUGGAGAGCUGAAUACAGACGAUCCUACUGCGGGACAUUCUAACGCACCAAUCACAGCCAACGCAGAGGUUGAAGUUCCUGAUGAUAUAAAGUGCUGCUGUUUCUUUAAGAGGAGGAAGAGGAAAGCACUACAGAGACACAAGUGAAAGAGACCAGAGAGAAACCUUUGGUCUUUUCUUUGUCAUCUUUUAAUUCCCCUUCCUGAUGUCUUUUUCAAGCCAUUUUUCUUGAACUCUUCCUCCUCUGUUUAGCCCUCUCCCGUACCCAUGCAGUUCCCUUGUUAGUCUGGAGUGACAAGCAGGUGGUCUGCUAGUUUCCUCUGGGCUGUAUAGACAUUGAAAGGCCUUUUCCGUUUCACCACAGAGCAUCAAAUAUGCUGCCUGUUCCAGCAGUGGACAUAUUGGGACAAUAAAGGAGUAAAUGACAGAUUAUACAAGCUAAUCAUCAGACUGGAUUCAGCUAAUCUACUGGAAGACUGACUGAUUUCUUUACUUUUUGAGUGUUCUUCCUUACUGACUGGAUCAGAAGACAAGUGUAUUUCAGGAGAUCCAGACAAGAGGACUUGUAAAGCAUGGAAUCCAGAGACCACGUGUGCAAACAAAACACGCACACAAAAAUCAUGCUGCACAUUUUGUCGAGCUCAUCAUAAAGAGACUUGAUGGACAGAGAUGCAGUUGAUGCACAUAGUUUUUAUUCCCUGGGGUGAAAGAAGUUGCACAUCGAGUGGCCUGGUCCCGGUUGUAGAACGGGCCGAGCUCGGUGCAUUCCUCAUUCACCAUCAAGGGAAACCCUCACAACCACCACAAAACUCAGAACUUAAGAAAAGAUGUUUAUGUCAGAUUUAUGCUUUACCCUGACUUUGAGUUGUAACUAAAAUAAGACUGUUCUCUUUUCAUUUUUUUUCUCCUUCUGAGUUGUUCAAGUUUGUUUUGUAGCUUCUAGUGUGAUCCUCAGAAUGUAUUUUUUUUUAAAUAACUUUUGAAGUUUUUCUUUUGGUUUCCCUCUUUUUCUUUCAGUUUGAGGAUGGAGAGAUGGUAAUGCCAUUAAAAAAUAAAACACAAUAAAAAGCUAUCUUUAUUGAAGUGACUACAAA